AGACUGUACUUGUAGCAUGAUAUAAACAUUCUUGGUUACAGUAAGAGCCGUCAUCAAAUUGGACUACUCAACGCUUUUUCUAUGCUCUGUGCUAUAUGCCACUACACACUAAAUGAUUGGCAUUCGCUGCAUAUUUAAUGUUACAAUUUUUACCAUAAAUGAAUAACAUAACUGAUACUGCAUAUUAUUAUUAAUCAUGGAUAUUCCGUGUUUAAUGUUUGCUGCUCUGCUUUCCGUCAGUGUUUUAGCAGUUUCUGGUUUAUGUUAAUUUACUGCACACUGCACACAGAUGAUUUCAACUGGAGUGCGGUUCUUCCACCGGUACCUUUUCCGAUAUUCUCUGCUGAGCCAAUGGCACACGAUCAGUGCCGUCUACAAUACACGGACAACUGCUGGUCGCGUGAGAAUACGCUCAGCUGGUGCAUCAGCAGCCCCGUACUUAACAUCAACUGCAACAGCAGCGCCACCUCACAUGAGAUUCAGCAAAUGGCUGAGAACUUUGCACAGCCCCCCUUGCGACCGGUAUUGGUCGAUCUAGAUGAUGGCGAGCAAGUUACUAGUGAGAACAUGGCUGCCGUUCGAGACCAAGUCGUUCUCUUAAGCUUGUCUAACUGCGUAUCCGCUCGCACUACCGGCAAACUGUCCUCACUGCGUUUCCCUAACCUGUUAGAAUUUUCUCUAGGUAGCUGUUAUAAUUUAAAAAUUCGGCGAUCAGAUUUUUGGCAGUCGAUGAAAUUACGUUUCAUAGAAUUUUUUAACGGAACAAUUCAGUCAUUGGAGAAAGAUACCUUCGCUGAUCUUCCCGCCCUUCGAGUUCUGUCACUGGAAGCGGGACUGGCUUCGAUAUCCACAUUUAGUGCCGAAAUUCGAACAUAUUUGAAGGAACUACAUUGUAGCACGGCGUUUGAAUGGUUUCGCCGUUGGUGGGACAACAAACACCUAUUGAAAAGUGCCAACUACAGUGAAGUGUACCAAAUGUACCCGUCAGCUUGGGGAAACCAUGCUCUUAAUAAAAGCGAAAUGUAUCUGCCUAUUGACUGCGCAGCUAAACCCUUUCCUACUGGUACAUCCUCCAUCGAUUUCAGCCAGGAGCGUUUCUCAGUUAACGAUGACCUUUACCAUGAAAAAUGGCGGCCCGGUGACACUGCAGAUGCGGACGACCGGUAUCCGGAAUUUUCCAUCAAACCACUUUCCGCGGAAGAGUGUGUCAUACAGAAACUUAGCCAGUGCUAUCCAUCCACGUGUGAAGACGAACAAUAUAGAAAAAAUUACAUAACUUAUCAAAUUUCCUUCAAAACCGACACCGAUUGCCGAACAAACCUCUCACGUUCAGAUCGCAUCCAGCGCGUAGUGAAUGCCCUUAUUCGAUUACCAAUUCGUCCGGUCACGCUCGAGGUAGAUGGCCGUGUUCCGGUGCUUUUCGCAGAGAUGGCUCCAUUACGCAAGCGCAUUAUUCAGUACCAUUUACUCGAGGAUGCAGAACGAGGCACCGCGAAGUUGCGCGAUUUAUAUUUAACCAACCUCAUCGAGUUUAUGGCCACCAACUGUUCCGAUCUUGAUAUCCGGAAAAUUGAUUUUGAAAGGUCGAAGAAGCUGAGGCAGAUCAUGUUCCAUAAUACAACGAUCCAGACAUUGGAGGAAGGCUCCUUUACCGACCUGCCGUCACUUACUUUCCUUUCAUUGGAAUUCGCUCUGAAAACUCUCCGAACUUUUGAGGAGCAUUUGGCUGAAGGUGACUGGUGGCUGCGGCCGGUGGCAUUCGCGCAGCGAAUGCGUGAUUUUCUUUUUCACCUGCACUGCAGCUGCGAGUUUGCCUGGUUUCGAAGAUGGUGGAAUAGCAACAAUACCGUGAGAUUUUCGCCAGCCGUGGGACACGGAAAAACGGCGAUUUUGACGGCUGUUCCUCACUCCCAGUAUACCUUUUAUCCGGCUGACCAGAUCCCCAUAGACUGUGCACAACCGAUUCCCUUGGGAUCAGAAUACGUGAAUGUCAACCAAACCGAAUUUUCUGCUCAUGAGCCAGUAUGCUGAAGCUCUGUUUAAAUACCUGCAUACUGUUUGUGUGGUGUUUACUCUGUGAAAAUUAAUAACUACAGCAAAUAAUGUUUAGCUUGCAUUAAUUGUGAGCUUUGAAUAAAUAUUACUGUUUAAUGGCGGUGAGUACGGCAGUCUUAUUAAUUCCGCAUGUAUCUGUUAACGCUUCAAAGUUAUCAAAUUCUACAAAACAGCUUACAGUGCUGGCAAAUGUAAUUUGUUGUGUGGACAGAAUCUGUAUUUCGUGCAAUCGACCUCACAUUUGGUUUUUACGGAAUCUCAUAACACAAUAAUUAUCAAC